AUGUCCAGCUCCGCUGAGUCCGAUCCUCCCGAGGUAGCAGUGGAAGAUGUGCCUGUAAACGAAACUGACCAGUCCAAAUCUGAAAGUAACUUACCCGAUCCUGUCGACCUGCCUGUGGAAAGAGGAGAACUUACUAUCAUGUCUGAAGAACACCCACCUGUUGCUGAAGCAUUACAGGAGCUUGAAGCUGAGGUUCCUGAGCUGGUUCAGUCGCAGUUACCAGAGGGGGAUAAAGGGCCAAGACAGCUGUUGCAGACGCCUCUUGCCAACUGCGGAAGGGCUGUGCAUUAUUUUGAUCUGCCAAAAUAUACAGAGAACUGGCCAGGUUCCUAUUCUGGAUGGCGAGCUAAGUCUGGAAAAGACGACAAAGACUGUACCAUUGACUCUGCUAGUGCGAUUCAUAAAAACAAGUUUGAGAAACCUGGGGUCACACAGAUGGCAGGUCUUUGUGCAGCGCUGGCCUCGGGAGACACAUGUGUUCGUGUUGAGGGCCGAGAGGAGCCGAGAGGAGGCGAGAGGAGCCGAGAGGAGACAAGAGGAGACGAGAGGAGCCGAGAGGAGCCGAGAGGAGCCGAGAGGAGACGAGAGGAGCCGAGAGGAGACGAGAGGAGCCGAGAGGAGACGAGAGGAGCCGAGAGGAGACGAGAGGAGCCGAGAGGAGACGAGAGGAGACGAGAGGAGACGAGAGGAGCCGAGAAGAGCCGAGAGGAGACGAGAGGAGCAGGGAGGAGCCGAGAGGAGCCGAGAGGAGACGAGAGGAGACGAGAGGAGCCGAGAGGAGCCGAGAGGAGACGAGAGGAGACGAGAGGAGACGAGAGGAGACGAGAGGAGACGAGAGGAGCCGAGAGGAGACGAGAGGAGACGAGAGGAGACGAGAGGAGACGAGAGGAGACGAGAGGAUCCGAGAGGAGACGAGAGGAGCCGAGAGGAGACGAGAGGAGCCGAGAGGAGACGAGAGGAGACGAGAGGAGACGAGAGGAGCAGGGAGGAGACGAGAGGAGCCGAGAGGAGCCGAGAGGAGACGAGAGGAGCCGAGAGGAGACGAGAGGAGACGAGAGGAGACGAGAGGAGCCGAGAGGAGACGAGAGGAGCCGAGAGGAGCCGAGAGGAGACGAGAGGAGACGAGAGGAGCCGAGAGGAGACGAGAGGAGCCGAGAGGAGACGAGAGGAGCCGAGAGGAGACGAGAGGAGACGAGAGGAGACGAGAGGAGCAGGGAGGAGACGAGAGGAGCCGAGAGGAGACGAGAGGAGCCGAGAGGAGACGAGAGGAGACGAGACGAGACGAGAGGAGACGAGAGGAGACGAGUGGAGCCGAGAGGAGACGAGAGGAGCCGAGAGGAGACGAGUGGAGACGAGAGGAGCAGGGAGGAGGAAGAGUGUGUAGAAAGGAAAGUCUCCAGGAACCAGCAAUGGAUGAAGAAGAUGCAUGGAAUUUUCGAAAAAUGA